UCUGUCUGUCACAUUUAAUAUAAAACCCACACUCAUUUAAAUUCAUUGAGUAUAUACAAAUAUUCCAAAAACCAACAAAAUAAUAUAGUUGUAAAUUAUCUCAGCAGUUUAAUAGCCUUAUAAUCUUAAAUAUGAUUCGGUGUUUUGGCCGCCAAAAAUGGCUUCCAAAAGCUUUAGUUCGUUCUUGUGGGGCAGCAGUGAUCAAUACUGAAUCUAAUCAAACAAAGAUCUCCACGGAGCAAACGAAGGACACCAAAAUAAAAGGCGACUCUAAGCCUAGCGAACGCUAUUUAAAAUUUAAGGAGAAACUGCGAUCCACUGCACCCGUUAUUGCCGUACCAAAAGGAAUGCCACAUCCGGCUCAUGAAAAGGAGCCACUGAUGCCCUGGCCAAACAAUACCAAUCCGUAUACAGGCGAAAUUGGUGGACCGCGCGGACCAGAGCCCACACGCUAUGGUGACUGGGAAAGCAAGGGCCGGGUUACAGAUUUCUAAAAAUUUAAGACUACCAGAAAUGUCUCCUCUAACCAGGGGGCUCACGAACUUUGAUUUAUUAACCGUGUUAACAACA